AUGACCGCCUCGCAAAUCAACAACUGCUUCUCGUCCUUCAUCAAGGCUCUGCAUCCCCAUUUUCCUCUUUUGUCGCUUCCCCUGGACGUCCAAAACACCCUCGAGGCGUCUCCGCUGCUUUUCUGGACCAUCAUCACCGUAGCCAGUCGCCAUGACCGGGCAUCAUAUCGAGCGCUGCAGCCCUUUGUGCGCAAAUCCAUUGCCGGCGUGCUUCAUCCAUCCGGCCACGGCCUGCAAUCCUGUCAAGCUUUGUGUCUCGUAUGUCUAUGGCCGUUCGACGCCGAAGACCCCAACGAUGACCCAUCCUAUCUCUAUGCGGGUAUGGUCAGUCACCUGGCCUUGAAGAUGGGAUUGCAUCGACCAGAGUUUGCCCAUGAAUUCAAGGACAUCAAUGAUGCCUUCGACCGGGCACAACAUAAUCAUGAGAGGUGGCCUACAUGGUUAGCUUGCCAAUUCGUCGAGCAUAUGCUGGCGAGCAAAAAUGGUGUUCCCAGCGGUAUCAGAUCGGACUGGUCGUCGAACUAUAAAUUGCGCAACCAAGACAGUCCUGCCCAAAGGAGGAUAUCACCAAUCCUGAGACAUCAUGUACAGCUAUGUGCGAUCCGAGAUCGUCAUCUCACUGCCAUUGCAUAUCAGGGCCAGACACUUUCGGGACUGAGACCGCCCAAGGACCGCGAAGGCUAUUUGAAAUUGUACCACGCCGAGCUGGACGACUUCGAAGCCGCUACCUCGCCGCUUGACCCUCUGAGUGCAGUCUUCUUGAACAUGAGUAGGGUGACCAUUGCUGGCUUUUGCUUGGCCCGGGACAUGAUGCCAUGUGAUCAUCAGCUUCGCCUGCUCCUCCGGUCUGGUCUGUACUCGGCGACAGCCAUUCUCGACCUCGUAGCACCUUUGGCUUGGGAAACCUUACCUGUGCAUGUUCUACGAUCGCUCCUUUACGCUGGCGUGUUUGCUUCACAUCUCGCGAGAUGCGACAUGGACACCUUCUCGACCGAGCCGAUGAUCGUCUUGGAACGAGCCACGGAUAUCCUCAGACACCUAGCUCACGGGCAAGACUUUGCGACUCGGGCUAAAAUCGUCCUCGAGACCGAACUACAUCGGCAUGCGAAAGGGGCUUCUUCAGUCCAGAAGAGGCAGGCCGGCGUGGAAUUCCAUGCGCGGAUGGAGGCUAAUAUGUAUUGGGAUCUUGUCGAGAGUGAUAAGUCGAGGCACAACUGGAAUCAGACAGCAAACGACAUCUACUGGAAACUCAUUCUAUCCGAGGCGAAUCCAAUAUCGCCAACGAGGCGGGGUGCCCCAUCUGCAAUUGAUUAA